AUGCCUUCCCCCGCUGCCGGAAAGGGCGUUGAUGCCCCUCGCACUCCCACCAAGCUCGGCCGCAAGCCUGCACCCCCCAAGCUUGGCGAGCAGGCGACAGAAAAGGCAACUGAGGCCACUUCUCAGAAGCUCCAGACGGAAAACCCGGACCUCCCACCCAGGCCGUCAGAGAGCGACAUUUCGGAGAAGGUUGAAGGUGUAAAGAAGACUGCAGAAGAUGCGCCGCAGCAGGCGAGCGGCGCCACAAGCGAGGUCGGCGAACAGGAACCGACUGGAAAGGUCUCCGAGGCUACGGGCGAUCUGAAAGAGCAGGUACCCAAGCCUGUUGGCGACGAUGAUGAUGACGACACUGCCCGCAGUGACGACGACAAUGCCACUGAGAAGGCCGGCGACCUCGGCGAGGAGGCUGAAGACACCGCCGAGGACACGGCGGAAUCGGCGCAGGAAUCUACCGCCGACCUACAGGAGGGCGCCGAGCAGGUCCCUAAGAAGACUGGAAGCAAUGUGCUCAGCGGCGCGAGGAACCUUGCCGGCCGUGCUUCCAGCCUUGCUAGCAAGUCAUCCCAGGACCCGAGCAAGGCUGCUGGCGCCGUAAAGGACACCGCCGAAGACACUGUCGGUGAUGUCCAGGACACGGCUAGCGGCGCUGCUGAAGAUGUAGAGGAAACUGCACAGGGCGGUCCCGUUCAGCAGUCUCAGGAGACCGCCGAAGGUCUCGGCAAGGAGGCUGAAGGUUUUGUUGGUGGCGCCAAAGACACCGUCGAGGAUACCGCUGGUCAAGUCAAGGACACCGCUGAGGACACUGUUGGCGACCUCAAGGACACUAUUGAAGACGUCACCGGCCAGGAAAUCCCCGAUGUCGGCGAUCUUUCAGUCCUGAAGGGCUUGGAAGUCCAGCCGGACGGUGGCAUUGUCGACAGCGAAGGCAACCAGAUCGGCAGGCUCGUCGAAGGUGAUGCCGAAGACCUUGAAGGCUAUGCCAUCGGCGAUAAUGGCGAGAUCCUCGAUGAUGACGGCGAUUUAGUCGGCCGCUGCGAACUUCUGCCCGAGAAGAUCGACGCUCAGAAGCGCAAGGCUCAGGAGGCCGCUGAAGGCGUCACUGGCAACCUACCCGACAUUUCGAUCCUCAAGGGUCUUACGGUUAACCAGGUUGGUGAGAUCCUCAACGACGACGGUGACACUGUCGGCCAGAUUGUCGAGGGCGAUAUUUCCCAGCUCAAGGGCCGUCAGGUCAACGAGAAGGGUGAGAUCCUUGACGACGCCGGCAACGUCAUUGGCCGCGCCAGGGUCCACCCUGAUGCUGCCGGCCUCUACGACCAGGUCGGUGAAGCAGUUGGCGGAGUUGAAGAUGUUGAAGGCGUUGAAGGCGUUGAAGGCGUUGGAGGCGUUGAGGGUGUCUCUGGUGCUGCUGAUGAAGCCACCAGCAAGGUUGAGCAGCUUGGCAGCAAGGCUAGCGAGGCUGGCAAGGCCGUUUCCGCCGCUGCUAGCAAGGCCGACGGGGCUGGUUCAGCCAUCGGGGGUGCCAAGUCUCAUAUCGAAAGCGAGGUUCCCGAUCUCCCUGGCGUGGAGGCCCUCGAGGGCCGUCCGAUUAACUCUGAAGGAGAAGUCGUCGAUUCAGAGGGCAACGUCCUUGGCCAGGUCGCCGAAGGCGUCGAUGUCAACAAGGUUAAGGGCCUCUCGGUCAAUGAGAAGGGUGAGGUCGUCGAUGAAGACGGAAACGUUCUCGGCACAGUCGAGCUUGCUGAGGGUGCUGCUGAGCACCUUCAGGAGCGGCUUCGUCCGCUUGCCCUCGACAUCAGAAUCUUGGAAGGCCUAAAGGUCAACAAGAAGGGCAAGGUCCUCAAUGAGGAGGGUGAUGAGAUCGGUGAGCUCACCGAGGGCGACGUCAAGAAGGCCGCCGGUAAGACAAUCAACGACAAGGGAGAGGUCCUCGAUAAGGACGGCAAGGUCAUCGGUAAGGUCGAGAUUAUCCCUGGCGACGCUGCAGAGGAGGCGACCAAGGAGCUGCGCGACCGCCUCGCUGAUCUUGAGGGCCCGAAGGAGUACAUUCCUGGUCUCGACAUCUUGGACGGCUUGAAGGUCAACAAGAAGGGCCAAGUGCUCAACGAGGACGGCGACCCGGUUGGCGAGCUUGUUCAGGGCGAGCUCUCUGACUGCGCUGGCAAGAAGCUGAACGACAAGGGUGAGGUUCUCGACAAGGACGGCAACAUCAUCGGUCGCGUUCGUGUCCUGCCUCAACAGGUUGAGGAGGGCGAGGAGAUCCCCGAGGGCGCUGAAAUCGUGGGCGAAGAUGUUCAAGAGGAGGCACCUGAGGGCACCGAAACUAUUGUCGACGAAGUCGCCGAGGAGGACAAUCUACCUCCUCUCUCUGUCCUCGAUGGCCUCACUGUCAACAAGGCUGGUAAGAUCAUCAACUCCGACGGCGUCGUCGUCGGUGAACUGGUCGAGGGCGACGCGAAGAAGCUCUCCAAGCUUGGUGCCACUGCCGACUCUCAGGGUCAAUUCUGGGACAACAAGGGCAACGUCAUCGGCCGCGCCACGACCGUCCCUGUCGAGGAAGAUCAAGAGGGCACUUUCGCUGGCCUCGAGGGCCUCAUCGUUGUCAAGGAUGGCAAGGUCGAGGAUGAGAACGGCAAUGUCGUCGGUGUCGUCGUUGAAGGCGACGCGAAGAAGCUGGUCGGCCGUGCUGUUGAUGAAGAUGGAGACAUCAUUGAUAAGAGGGGCUCCGUGAUUGGUCACGCUGAGCGUUAUGAAGAGCCUGAGGAGCCCGAGGCUGAACCUAUUGACCUCUCGGUCCUCAUUGGCAAGACCCUCAACAAGCAGGGCAAUGUCAUUGGCGAUGAGGGUGUUCCGAUUGCUCGUCUUGUCGAAGGAAAUGUGAAGGAGCUCGCAGGCAGGAAGAUUGGUGAGGAGGGCCAGAUCUGGAAUGAUGCAGGCAAGGUCAUCGGCCGCGUUGAGCUCAUUCCUGAGCACGAACGCGAGUCCAGGCCUGAAGGACCUUUCGCCGGCCUCGAGGACCUCCGUGUAGUCGCCGAUGGUAACGUGGCUGACGAAGACGGUAACAUCGUCGGCCGCAUCGUCGACGGCAACCCCAAGCGUCUGAUCGGUCUAUCUGUCGAUGAGGAUGGAGAUAUUAUCGACAAGUACGGCAACGUGAAGGGCCAUGCCGAGCCCCUCGAGGAGGAGCCCGAGGAGGAGCCUGCCGACUUGUCCAUCCUGGACAACAAGGUCCUGAACAAGCAGGGCUUCGUUGUCGAUGAGAGCGGUAUCCCUCUUGGUAAGCUUGUUGAGGGCAACAUCUCUGAGCUUGCUGGCCGUCGCUGCGACGAGAACGGUCUGAUCCACGGCGACACUGGCAAGGUCGUUGGCCGCUGCGAGCUCAUUCCCGAGAACGAGCGCGUCGCCAAGCCCGAGGGACCUUUCGCUGGCCUCGAGGGUCUGCGCGUGGUUGCCGGCGGGAAGAUCGAGGACGCCGAUGGCAACGUCGUUGGCGAGCUCGUUGACGGUGACCCCAAGCGCCUGGUCGGCCUCUCGGUCGACGAGGAUGGCGACAUCAUCGACAAAUUCGGAAACGUCAAGGGCCACGCCGAGCCAUGGCAAGAGGAGGAGGAGCAACCCGAGGAUCUCUCUGCUCUUGCGAACUGCACUGUCAACAAGGCUGGCAAUGUUGUCGACUCUGCUGGCGCCAUUGUUGGCCGCGUUGCUGAGGGAGACCCCAAGCAAAUGGUUGGUCGCAAGGUUGACGGCCAGGGCCAGAUCUGGGACAAUGCCGGCAACGUCAUCGGACGCGCUGAGCUCGUGAAGGGCGUCGACACUACCGCCGAGGGACCAUUCGCUGGCUUCGACAACAUUACAGUUGCCAAGGAAGGUUACGUUGUGACGCCUGAUGGCAGCAUCGUUGGCCGCGUCGUUGAGGGGGAUGUCCAGAAGCUCUUGGGCCACAAGGUCGACGAGGAGGGUGAGAUCGUCGACAAGAAUGGUAACCUGAUUGGUAAGGCCGAACGUUGGGAGCCUGAAGAGAAGGAGCGCCGCAUCAACCCCAUGUCUGGCCGCCGUGUCAACAAGGAGGGUGAGGUCCGCGAUGAGGAUGGUAACGUUAUGGGCCGCCUCACCGCUGGCGACCUUGGCCACUGCGUUGGUCUCGAGGUUGAUGACAACGGAUAUGUCGUCGACAACGACGGCAACAAGGUCGGUGAGGUUACACUCUUGGAGAACAUUGUAGAAGAGGAGGAGGAGGAGGAAGAAGGACCCACUGAGGAGGAGCUCGAGGAGAUGCGCAAGCGCAAGGAGGAUGCUGAGCUCGCGGACAAGAUGGCAAACAUCUGCCAGCAAACGCUCGAGCGCGUCCAGCCCGUGUGCAAGCAGAUCACCGAGUACAUCGAAGCUGCCGACCGUACGCCACGCGAGGAGCUCGACGAAGAGGAGCUUGUCAACAACGUCAAGCCACUCAUCGAGGAGGGUGGUCGCAUCCUACAGGAGUGCAACGGCUCGCUGCGUGGUCUGGAUCCCGAUGGCCGUAUCGCGGCGCAGGCCAAGGGUCGCGCUGGCACGCGCGAGGCAACUCCCGAGGAGUACCGCCUGGCGGACUGCCUGAAGGAGCUCACGACGACAGUCGUGACGACGAUCGACAACGCGAAGAAGAAGAUCGCCGACAUGCCGCACGCCAAGAAGAAGCUCAACCCCCUGUGGGCGCUGCUCACCGAGCCGCUCUUCCAGAUCAUCGCCGCUGUCGGCCUGCUGCUGUCCGGCGUGCUUGGUCUCGUCGGUCGUCUGCUGAACGGCUUGGGUCUCGGCGGUCUCGUCAAUGGUCUGCUCGGUGGCUUGGGCAUCGACAAGCUCCUCAAGGGCCUCGGCCUCGGAAGCAUCACCGAAGCUCUCGGCGGCAAGAAGGACAAGAAGAAGGCCGAUGGCGCCAAGGGUCUGCCGCUCGUCGGCGGUCUGUUCGGUGGCGGCAGCAAGUAA